CCUCCCGCUAUAAUCAUGAUUGAUUCGACCAAAGGCGAAGAAUUCAAAGUGAACUCCUAGUGACUUCUAUAUACCCCCGAGCCCGUAUAUCGAGCGUAUCUGCCAUAGCCCAUGGCGACCACAACAUCGCGAGCCUGGACAUUCUCCCGGCGUGGCUCCCCUUCAGAUGUGCUUUCUCUCACAGAAUCCCGACCCAUACGAGCUUUUCCCCCCGAACCUGCUCUCCCCGAGGAAUGGAUUCUUGUCAAGGUGGCCUUUGCAGGCCUUAACGUCGGCGCCAUCUUCCAAAUGACUCUUAUCCCUGCUUUUCUGCGCAACGGGACAUGUAUUCCAGAAAUGGAUCUAUCUGGAGUCGUCCAGGACGUCUGGCAUCCUCACGCCAAGGUAAACGAUGGCGAUGAGCCCAAUAAUGCUACUGAAGAUGCUAGCCCUGUAAGUCCUGAUGGCGCUGAGAGCAACACUCAGACUCGCUUCCGCAAAGGUGACAAAGUUAUGGCCAUGCUACCGGCCAGCCACGCCCUCCCAACGGGCACCGGUGCCCUGGCCGAAUAUGUCGCCAUCCCGGCCCGCUUUGCCGUCCACAAGCCGACCUCGGCCCCCUUCGCGGACGCGGCUGGCUGCCUCCUCACCGGCAUGACGGCUCACCAGCAGAUUGUCGAGUCCGGCAUCCAGCUCGGUGACCGUGUCCUUGUUAACGCUGCCAGCGGUGGCAUCGGCACUCUUGUCAUCCAGAUGGCUCGCCAGGUCGUCGGGUCCGAGGGCUUCAUCGUCGGCAUCUGCAGUGGCCGAAAUACUCGGCUAGUCGAAAGCCUCGGGGCCGACGAGACCAUCGACUACACCCAGUACAACGACCUCCCGGCUUACCUCGCAUCUCGGUUCCGCUCACAUCCCUUCAACGCCAUCAUUGACACGCUGGGUCACCAGUCUCUCUACGUGCACUCCCCUGCCUACCUCGUCCCCACGGGCACGUACUCCUCCGUCGGCAUCAAGCCCCCUGACUUCUCCGUCCCAAACUUCCUGCGCGCUGUCGUGCAGAUGAAGCUCAACGAAUGGUGGCCCGUCAGCCGCUGGCUCGGCGGCAUAGGCUGUCUCUGGCGGGGCGUCUCGAUGAUGGAGCCUACGCUCGAGGACCGCCAGCGCAUCGCCGACAUGCUGGGCGGGGGCCAGAUCCGCGUCGUAAGAGACAGCGUCUGGAGCUUCGAGGAUGUCAAGGAGGCAUACGCUAAGCUAGGAGGCCUGCAUGCGAGCGGCAAGGUUUUGGUGCGAGUGGAUGAGACGGUGGGAGACAAUGAGUGCUAAUCUAAGACAUUGUCUUGUGUGCUUCGUGUUCGUGUUCGUGUGUGAGAUUGAUAGGCUCUUGGGGUUUUCACUCCAAUGCGAGGGAGGAAUCUAGAUCUUGCAUGCUCGCAAUGACUCUUCACCGCUCCUGUUUUUAGACGCUAAAAUUGGAAUCUGAUACUCAAUUCUCAUUGUUAUCAUAAACGUAAAUCACUAUUCUACUAGAGCUAGCUGCCAAUUUAAUCAUGUUGUCAUAUCUCAUGUCGUGUCAACCAC